CAAGAAAAAAGAUGAACUAAUUGCACUCCUAACCGAAAAAGUUAAGCAAAGUGAAGCGUUGGAACAGAAAAUGGAUGUAAUCCUCAAAGUGCAAGCAGAAAAGAACUACGAAUUUGACAACCUACUUAAAACAGUCCAGGAGCAUGAACAAGCAAACAAACAGCUUGAAAAACAAAACUCUGCUAUGAAACACUACAUUCAAAAACUUCAAGAAAAAAUCCAAUUCGAGACGCGUAGUACCAACAAAAGUGAAACUGAAACUAGACGAAAAUCAAAGCGUGUGAAUGCUCGAGCAUCAUCAUAUCAACACAGUCAGGAAAUUUCUCCCGAAAACAACCAACCUCCCUCCAAAAAGUCACAGUUACCAGCAACUUAUCAACCUCCUGUAUUAUACGCGGAAGAACAAGUGGUGGAUAUUUCCGAUUUUGAAAUAGUGUUCGAUGAAGAUUCUUCACCUCACUAUGUUCGGAAAACCCACCACAGAAGGACCUUCUUCAGGAACAUGAUGAGAGAGAUAUAUUCGACGUCAUCGCUUACCUCCUUGGUGAGGGACGUGAAGUGCCCGGUCGUUGCGUUCAACGUCAAGUAAAUUCGUCAAAUUAAACUCUUACAUUCCAUUGAGCUAUGCGGAGGAAAUCGUUAUCAUUAUCGGAACAAU